GCGAUAUUCCCACUGCUUCAAAACCAGUAUCAUCAAGACCUUUGGAGGAGCUUUGAUCGAUCGAUGAAGAUGAAGAUGAAGACGACUUAGAGAGAGGAAUCGAACUCCAAUCGCGAUGACAUUUUUCUUGCUCUUUUCUGUUCUUCGUAGGUAGAACUUCAGCAGCCAACUCUUAAAACCCUAGAUCUCUCUUUCUAUCCGCUGAAUUGGCGUCUCCUUUACGUGGAAAGUUGGAUUACAAGAUUCUUUUACUUUUAUCAUGGAACCUCGCGUAGGCAAUAAGUUUCGCCUUGGUCGUAAAAUCGGAAGUGGAUCGUUCGGAGAGAUCUAUCUCGGAACUAAUAUUCAGACGAAUGAAGAGGUCGCAAUUAAGCUGGAAAACAUGAAGACAAAGCAUCCACAACUACUAUAUGAGUCGAAGUUAUACAGAAUUCUGCAAGGAGGAACUGGCAUUCCUAAUGUAAGGUGGUAUGGAGUGGAGGGCGACUACAAUGUCCUGGUGAUGGACUUGCUUGGGCCUAGUCUUGAGGAUUUGUUCAAUUUUUGCAGCAGAAAGCUUUCCUUAAAGACUGUUCUCAUGCUUGCAGAUCAAAUGAUCAACCGUGUUGAGUUUGUACAUUCUAAAUCGUUUCUCCAUCGGGAUAUUAAACCUGAUAAUUUUCUCAUGGGACUGGGAAGACGUGCAAAUCAGGUCUAUAUCAUUGACUUUGGUUUGGCUAAGAAAUAUAGGGAUUCAACAACCCAUCAGCAUAUUCCUUAUAGAGAGAACAAAAAUUUGACUGGUACCGCAAGAUAUGCCAGCAUGAACACUCACUUGGGCAUUGAACAAAGUAGGAGAGAUGAUUUAGAAUCACUUGGUUUUGUCCUUAUGUACUUUCUUAGAGGAAGUCUUCCUUGGCAAGGGCUAAAAGCUGGGAAUAAAAAGCAGAAGUAUGAGAAGAUAAGUGAAAAAAAGGUUUCCACAACUAUUGAGUCUUUGUGCAGGGGUUAUCCAUCAGAAUUUGCAUCAUACUUCCAUUAUUGUCGAUCUUUGCGGUUUGAUGACAGACCAGACUACUCUUAUCUGAAGAGGAUUUUCCGUGACCUUUUUAUUCAUGAAGGUUUCCAGUUUGAUUAUGUUUUUGACUGGACCAUUUUGAAGUAUCAGCAAUCUCAAACUGCAGUCCCACCAUCUCGAGCUCUCGUUCCUGGUGCUGGAACGAGCUCUGGAGUAGUACCCCCUGGAUUGACUAAUAAUACGGAUAGACAAGCAGGUGAGGAAGAAGGAGGAAGAAUAGGUGGAUUAUCAGCAUCAGCAACAGCAGAGGUUUCUCGCAGGAGGGUUUCUUCUGGGCCAGUUGGAAAUCCUGGAGGUUUAUUGAAGCAGAAGAUUCCCGUUAUAAACGAUACAACAUCAAGCAGAGAUGCAAUAGUGUCGAGCUCCAACCUUUUUGGAAGAUCAAGUGGCGGUGGAUCACUGAGACGGGGAGGAGUAGGAAAUUAUGAAUCUGGUGGUGAUCCUGCUCGACCAGGGACGACAAUGGAGAUAUCUAGUAGUAGUGUUCAAAGAAGUUCACCAAUUGGUGGUGGUAGAUCAUCAUCAGAUAUGCUCAAAGGAACAACAACAUCAUCAUCUGGUAGGAUCAUGGUCAGUUCGGGUGGUGCAGGAAAGAACUACGAGUCUGCACUGAAAGGGAUUGAAGGUCUGAAUUUUCGUGAGGAAGAAGACCAGCUACGUUAAUAAAUAGUAUAACUAAAUUCAAAAUCAUGUAAAUCAAUCAUGUAACUUUGUUGGGUUCUUUCUUGAUUUAAGCAUGGGAAUUUAUGAGAAUGAUAAGCAAGCAGGCAGCACUGCAGCAGCAGCAGCAGCAACAGCACAUUUCUUCUUCCUUUCCAGGAAGGAAGGAGUAAACUACAAAGACAGGUUCAAUUUAUUAUAUGUAUCUAUUCUGCCUGACUUUGGAUUUUCCUGUGUAAAGCACUCAGUUAUGUGUACUUUAUUUGAAAAUCCUUGUUUGAUCUGUACUACUGCUUACAAUUGCAUUGUGGAGUGUAAAUUUGACAUUUGUGUAUUUAUUAUAAACCUGUUGUCCUAUUUCAGU